AAGCAUCCCCUCCUUUUCUUCGUGAAUUUUCUCGCCUCCCAAACACACAAUAAAAUCACAACAAUCCUCCUCUCUCUCUCUCUCUCUCUCUCUAACUUUCCUUUCUCUUUCUCUUUCUUUUUCUUGAUCUCCAGAAAAUAGAAAAUGGUGAUAGAUUUAAGAACCUGCGUGGUCAUAGGAGGAAGAGGCUUCAUUGGACGAUCGCUUGUCCUCAGGCUCUUGAAACUCGACGAUCGGAUCGUCCGAAUUGCCGAUUCCGCUCAGUCUGUCCAACUCGACCCCUCCGAGACCAACUCUCUCCUCUCCCAAGCCCUCUCCACCGGUCGCGCUUCCUACUUUCAUGUCGAUGUUCGCAACAAACCUCAAAUCAUCAAUGCUAUUGAAGGUUCCUCUGUUGUUUUUUAUGUGGAGGCUGGUACCUCAUCCACACAUGAUUUCUAUGGAUGCUACACACUCAUUGUUCAAGGUGCAAAAAAUGUCAUCAAUGCUUGCCGAGAGUGCAAAGUCAAGCGACUAAUUUACAACAGUUCUGCAGAUGUAGUUUUUGACGGUUCAUAUGAUAUACAUAAUGGAGAUGAGUCCUUGCUGUAUGCUUGGAAAUUUGAGGACAUGUUGACUGACUUAAAAGCUCAAGCAGAGGCACUGUUCCUGUUUGCUAAUGAUAUUGAUGGCCUUCUGACAUGUGCACUUCGUCCUAGCAAUGUAUUUGGACCUGGUGAUACAGAGAUUAUUCCGUUCCUUGUGAAUCAAGCAAAAUUUGGCUGGGCAAAGUUUAUUAUAGGAAGUGGUAACAACAUGUCCGACUUUACCUACGUUGAGAAUGUUGCUCAUGCCCUUAUCUGUGCGGAUGAAGCUCUAGAUUCUCGGAUGGUUUCAGUAUCUGGAAAGGCAUUUUUCAUCACAAAUCUUGAGCCAGUGAAGUUCUGGGAAUUUGUCUCUCGCAUAUUGGAAGACCUGGGUUACCAGAGACCCAUGAUAAAACUUCCAGCUACAUUGGUCUGGUAUACUGUUUUGCUUGUUAAAUGGAUGCAUGCAAAAAUGGCCUCCACAAAGCUUAACGGUUCUGCACCAUUGCAUGGUGUUGUUCGAUUAGCAUUGCGCACAAGUACGUUUAACUGCUCUGCAGCUCAAAAACAUAUUGGAUACUCACCAGUUGUCUCCUUGGAAGAAGGGGUCACGUUGACCAUUAAAUCAUUCUCUCAUUUAGCCAGGGACUCAUCUUUUGGAAGACAUAGCAAUUUUGAUGAACAUUUAAAAGCAGAAAAGCUGCUAGGCAGUGGGAAAGUUGCAAAUAUUUUGUUGUGGAGGGAUGAGAAGAAGACAUUUACAUGUUUUCUUGCUCUGGUUCUGCUAUAUUACUGGUUUUUCUUUUCUGGAAGAACUUUUACCUCGUCUGCAGCGAAGGUUCUUCUGCUUGUUACAGUUACCCUAUUGGGUCAUGCCUUUUUGCCAUCAAAUAUACUUGGUUUCACUGUUGAGAGGAUUUCUUCAUCUUCUUUUGAGAUCUCAGAAGUGGAUAUGACAAAUUUAGUUGCAGCCAUAGCAUGUAUGUGGAACAGAGUGGUUCAUGUCACAAGAGCAUUGGCCCAGGGAGAGGAUUGGAAUCUAUUCUUCAAGAUGGCCGUAUCUCUCUAUUUUCUAAAGGUGAUCUCCUCCCAUUACUUAACAGAAGCUAUUGGUGUAGGACUGGUCCUUGCAUUCACCUCGUUCUUUGUUUAUGAGCAAUACGAGGAAGAAAUUGACGGAAUUGUGAACUUUCUGCUCAAUGCUAUGAGGACAGCUAUGGUGUUGUUGAUGGAUAACCUACCCGUCUCUGUGACCUCAUUUCUUCGUAAUACCGAAAUGUUGCAUGAAAAUAGAAACUGUGCUAUGGAAAAAGAUUGACAAUAACUGGUUGAAGGAAGCUUAUUUGCAACUGUAAAUAUUUGAACAUGCGAACUGAUGAUGAAGUCCUUGUACAGGAUAUAUAUAGGUGGGGCAUGAUAGUAAAAUUGCUGCUUUCUUCAUUUGCUUAGCCUGAGUAGUUUAGUUUGAUUUCAGAAAACCUCAUUGUCAUUGAUGUGGAUAUCAUACAACAAUUUUUUGUCACUUAAGCUACGGAUGUGAUCUAACUUCAUAUAUAUGUGUGUGCGCGUGCGUGCGCGCAUGUGUGUGCCUAUGCAUUUUCUUACACGGGAUUUCUCUCUUUUCUCUC